GUCAGCCAGUGUUCCCUGCAGCUGCUGGUGCUCCACUCUUGUGCCCCUCUCUCGUCCACCCCUCUGAUACAGUCUCUGUCCCGAAAACCAACUGGACCGACAAGUGAGAACGAAAGUGUGAGCGACCAUGUCCAUCGUGGUGCCGCAUCAGCUGUGAGGCUCACGUGAAAAACCAGCCCCCCAGAAACGACCACCCCGAUGCGGACGCUCCUGCACGCGACGGUGAUUCUGGCGGCCGCCACCCACCUGGUGGCCCCCGCGGGCGUCCCAUCUGGGCCUUGCCGCCAGUCGGAGCUCACGUGCGGCGCCGCGGCGCGCCACCGCUGCGUCACCGUCACAAAGUUCUGUGACGGCGUCGAUGACUGCGGUGACGGCACCGACGAACCUCGCUCCUGCACACCGUGCAACCGGACCUACACGGGCGACUUGGGCAAGACUUAUCAACUUUCGGUUCAUAGGCCCAGAGAGGAUAGACUUCCUUUUAUAUGUGAUCUCAAUUUUAAGGCGCCUGGCGGCGAGUACGGAGACAUAGUUCAGCUCACCUUUGACAGCUUCACCCUAGGCCGUUUCACGUCGUGGACGCAGGCGGGAUGUCCGGACGGCGAUCUUCAGAUCUCCGAGUCACCGCUGGAGAGGCCGCUCGUUGGCGGUCGGUGGUGCGGAACCGCCUGGGGUCCUCCUUCGAUUUACUACAGCGAAACAGGCAGCGUGACUUUGCACCUGCGUCUUCUGCGAGUGCCAUCGGCCGGCAACAACAUUCCCUUAGGGAGCUCCGGUGCGGGCAUGUCCUCGUCGAUGGGCUACAACUUCGACUUUAGCGUCGGAUUCAAGGUGCUAUCGCGUGACUCGGCGGUGGUGCGCUUCGGGGGUGCCGCCCCCGCGUCGCCUGGGCGCCCCUUUCAGAACGUGACCACGGCGCCGCCGUUGUUCACCAAAGGCGAACGCAAGCGGAAGAAGGAAAAGGAUAGGGAGGUGCACAAGGAACAACUGACCUACAACCUCGGGGACCUCAUUCCCGGCACCUACUGCUCGCGCAUCUACAGCGACUGCGACAAGAAGCUGUGCAGAUUACAAUCACCCAAUUUCCCUGGGCUCUACCCGCGAAACGUCACUUGCUACUACGCUGUGAGGCAACAAAAGGACCUUGCCGGGACACACGCCCUUAUCUCCAUCUCGCAGCCGUCGGGACAACUGGUGGCCAUCAGGAGCCAGAGUUCCCUGCCCGGCAGCUCGAGACCGGCCGACACGAUGCCCAUCACUGCCGAAGCUGGUCGCACCGCUUCGCAUAGCCUCAAGACGUGGAACGAGUGUGAUGAAGUGCAGGACUACGUUACAAUCUACGAUGGUUACACCACCAGAGACCCGAUUCUGAUGCGUUUCUGCGGCGGCGGACAAGCCGUGCCUCCGGCUGUCUCGUCCGGGCCUGAACUACUCGUUGAGUUCACCAGUUCGCCUUAUGGAACGUUUUUGGCUCCUCAAGGUGCGGGUGACCAAAUGGCGACCAACUCAUUUCCAUCAGGUGGCGUCACCAGUGCCCUUCAUGGAUUUCAAUUAGAUGUGGAGGUGAAAUUCGUGCCUCUUCACACCCCAACCUAUGCGCGCAAUAAGAGGUGUGAAUUCUGGAUACGUCAGUCAACGGAGCUUCUGCCAAAUGGAAGAAGUGACACGGGUGGUCGGCUGGAGAACCCAAAGCACUCAUUAGCGCCGAACACGACUUGCCUGUACCACAUUUCCGCCGCCGAGGUGAGCAGCAAAGUGUGGAUUUCGAUGCUCAAGUACCACGUAGACUCUUCUUUGGACCCUAAAUAUCAAGUCGAGAAUUGCAGCGCGGAGCUGCGCAUUUGGGACGGCGACGUGGCCGUGCCCAUAAAACAGCACUGCGACAGUGGACCCUUUUGCGAACGCACGCGCUACCCCGGCUCGCUCACCGCCACCGCCAACCCCGGGUCCGGUUUUGGCAAAAACGUGUCCCUCCUCGCCCACUACUGCAAAGACCUUGACGACAAAAGUUGCGAGCACCUGCUUCUAGCAAACGGCACAAGGAGUCCGAGGCCAUGCAGAGUUUCUUCAAGUGAAAGUUUUGUUUCGUCGGGCGCGAGUGUGACAAUCGAAUUGAGGCUGCAGGAAUCGACGACCCUGCGACCUGUCAGGUUCGUCGCCCUGUACGAGUUCGUGGACCCACGACUGGACGGCGAGCCUUUUGGGACAGGUCCCUGCGACCGCCGCUUCGUCAGCAGACACAAAACGGGUCCUGUGCUGCCCUCGAACGUGCUCGUGCCUUUUCGAGAUAUGCGGGAAAACUCGUUCCGCUCCUCCAAAGACAUUUUCCUCUUUGGCCGCGGAGGAGCCAGGCAUCUCAAGUGCCGCUUCCGGUUUGAGGCAGAACUGGGCGAGCGCGUGAAAUUGACCAUCACGCGUUUGGCCACUGGACCAGGAAGGUGUCAAACAGUGCUGGAUCCAGUUGUUGGCAGGCACAGAUGCAUUGGCAACAGAACGGCCACGGUCAUGAUACAUGAAGUGCCUUGGAAUCAGCAUCAAGAGGAUGCGGUUUUGGUGCCAAGAGAGUGCGCCUGUUCCUCCGAGGUGGCCCCUCUGAUCUACGUGUCCACUUCGCACUCGGUAGAAAUUGUGCUGGAGGCGAACGACAUGGGGCCGCACUUGGACUACGAUGACGUCAUGGUCGAGGGCAGAUACGAGUUCAUCGCCACCCCUGCGUGCACAAGGAGCAGGAAAGUGACCGGCCCCAGUGGCGACAUCACAUUCAGGUCACCCAGCAUUACAAAUGAUGAGAUUUACUGUGAAAACUACCCGUGGAUGGUGGAGCCGGCCAACGGCAAGUACCUGUACGUGAAAGUGCGAGGUCACUUGAUGCCCGACCCACUGCCCACACCUGACGCCAACGACACAAACAACCUGAUCUUCCCUCGUCUGCCAGCGCACAACUGCCUCACCAAGAACAGACUGGUCAUUUACUCGAGUGGUAAAUUACGAGCCCUCGUUUGUCCGAUGUCCUUCGACCGAGACUCGAUGGUCCAAGUUUUCUCCGAAGGCUGGGAAAUGCACGAAAACAUCUCCGUGGGGCUCGACGAGACGAAAAGGCGACUGCUCGUCGAAUUUGUGGCCAGGGAGCCUGGCUCAUAUUCUGUCUCUUGGUUGGAGGUUUCGCCAAUUCGGAAACGGCAGGGACCAGCGAUCCUGCCUCCGGCGGGCUUCGUGAUGGGCAACACGGGUGGCGAGGACCCGUUCAGCCCGAAUCACUGCUCGCACCGCUGCCCCGAACUGCAGGCGUGCAUCAACUCGAGCCUCUUCUGCGACGGGGUGGUGCACUGCCCUUCGGGCUUCGACGAGGCCAGCGAGUCGUGCGCGCCCUAUUUCCUGCGACUGCCGCAGCUGCUCUACCUACUAGUAGUGGUGGCGGCCCUGACCUCGCUGUGCGUCGCCCUCGGCGUCAGCACCUACAAGGCGUGCUACCGCCGACGCAAAAAACAGGCCAGGCUGCGCCUCCUGCUGCCCUCGGGCAGCUCCGGCAAGGACCUCUCCUUCAGCUGACAAACGGACACCGCCAACUCGUCCCUGUGCUACGUCGACCGCGUCACGACGGUCUAGGACGAUUGGCGGUGUUGCUUCAAAAUUACAUAAUAUGUAAAUUAUUGUAAAAUUUAAUAAUCCUCUUUUUAUCUAUUCGAAGUUAUGUUUUUUUUGGGGGGACACAACGAAUGCGACUGGACUGGUGAGCAAAAGUCACAAAAAGUUGAAAUAGAUCAAGAUCUUUUCCAUUUGAGAGAAAAACGAACAUAAAUUUUCUUAUUCAAUUUUGCUGUUAAAAUUGAUCUCUUAAAGUCUUAGAACUUCUUUAUAGAAAAUGAAAAGUUAUUCAUCUCAUGACAUAAAUCAGAUUAAUAUGAAUAACUAAAUUUAGCAUUUUAUAUUUCAAUGAUUGAAAUUCAAUAAAUUAUCUUUUCUGCUUUAACUAAUUUGACAAUAAAGCACGCUAGAAAAACAUUUUUCUGGAAUUAAAAAUAGCUUGAAAACUUUGCAUCAGAGUGAUACAAUUUUCCUUCAUCAGAAAUGACUUUUUUCACCAGUCUACAAAUAACUCACUUUCUGGCCUGUGGACUGCGGGGUUGAGCGAAACAGAGACUUUCCUGGAGGUUGGCACAAAUAAAAGGUACUGCGCUUUCCCAGGGUUAUAUGUGCCAAAUUUUGGCAAGAAAAAAUAAAAUACCAUGACAUUAGGAGAGAUUUUGCUGAGCAGCAUUUUAACAAUUCAUAAAAUAGAGACUCACACAAUAUUCCAAACGUAAACAGUUUGGCGAUGCAAAAAGGCUAUUUUUCGUCACUGAGAAGAGAAGAGUAGAGAUAAUAGAAUCACCGUGAAAGUAAUUGCAAAAUCCCGUGAAAUUUUUAUCUCUUGUAUUAGGUCUCAAAUUUCCAAUCAAACGUUUAAAAUCACGUCUUUUUCAUGUGGAACACUUUGAUUUUGAAGAAACUUGGUAUGCAACUUGCACUACCUUCCUGUGUUGCGGAACAGCUUUAAACACAAAUUUAUCCCAAAUUUGAGAAUAUUUGUUCAUCAAGUUUCAUCAAAACUUCAGUUUACCACGUCAAAAUCACUAAAUUUAUAAUUUCUAUGUUUUCAUGUUCCUUAAAAUUCCAGGAGUGAAACUGUUCUAAGUUUUAUUUGCACAAAAAUAGAAAAAUCAUUCCCCUGCUGUUGCAAGUCUCUGGUAUGACUCAAAAGUAACUAGUGCUCAGAAUCGAACUAAAAAAGAGGUGAUUAAAUAACAGUUUUUAACGAUUGUCGCCUUCCAGCCGAAUAGAGCUGACAAUGCAGAGUUGAAAGCAAAACAUUCAGCCUCACCAAACACUAGAAUUCGUUUUGGACCACAUAUCCCUUUUACAAAAUAAGGCAGACUAUAGGAGAUUUAAGGUGAGUGGCGCAGGUUACAAAAUACAUAGUGAUUUUUUAUGCAAAAGGGUAUAAUAAAUAAGAAGAUAUACACACUAUCUAUAUUAUGUAUUAAAUUAAAAAACAGCUGAAUUGUGAAAAGUGUAUGAAAAUUGAGAAAUUUGAAAGAGAAAAUAAUAACGAAAAAGGAGAAGUGCCAAAUAUGUACGUGUAGUUCACUCAAGGGCAGGUUCCACUUUAAAAAUUCGUUACAAGAACAAAAAUAUAUAAUACGAGAAAAAAAUGUGCGUUGUCUGUACUUGUGAAGUUAAUGAUGUUAGUCAGAGAGCUUCCAGAUUGUUUAGCCGAAAAGAAAUGUGCGUAUCUUGUUCUUUUUUUAACAUUAUUCCACACAAGGAGAUAUACGUGUCUGCUUUUUUCACAGUUAAUGAUGAAAAUAUUCACUUUUUUUAACUUGUAAUGAAAUUCUCGUUCAAAUGGCCAAGCGCACAAUUUUAAAUAUUUAUGAUUUCACUCUUGUGUCCACGACGCUCACGCUGUUCAAUCAGCCUAGUGGUGAAAUGGGAUAAAAGAAGCGGGAUCUCGAUGCAUGAUGACAAUCUUGAUCACAAAAUAUUGAAAACUGCGUUCAUCUUCUCAUCUGGUCAAAAUCUAUAUGAAAAAUGUUGUGUGUAAUCUCUGUGUAAAUGUCACCGAGGGAUUGUUUCGUUGUUUGUUGGGAAGAAAAUUACUGGAAUUGUCUAAUGUACGCAACCCGCUGAACACUAAAAUGAAUUUUAUUCCUAUCUUGUGAAUCUCACUCCUCGGAAAUUAUCAUGCUAAUUUGGACAAAACUUAUUUCAGUGUUAAACGGGGAUAGCCAAUUGAUCUAAAAGAGAUAGGAACGGUGCAUUUUGAAUGUUUUAUCACAUAUUAUUAUGGGGACGAUCUCGUAUGUGCUUGUUAUUCAGAAUAUUGAAUCGUUGCAUUAUAUAUUGGUUGUUAUUAUUAAACAGAUAAACUAUAUAAUACUAAUAGGGCGAAACGAUCGAUCUCUUUUUAGAAAUCUAGGCGUAUUUCUGCGACAUUUUAAACGUGAGUGGAGAAAAUGAAAUGAUUAUGUAUUUCAGCGAAAGCGCGCGUAUAUUCCAGUUUUAUGUAAAACACGUAGAGUGCGAUAAUUAAGGCAGUUAAGUAAUUUUUAAGAAAAUUAUCCACCUCUGUCAAUAGUGGGCUAUUCUUAAAUACAGAUCCUGUCAAAAUUGUUAUCCAUCACGGUGACAAUAAAACUCAAUUUUUUAAU